GGAUCUUGUCAUGUGACGUACCAUAAACGUCACUCCCCUGGGUUUGUAUAAAUACAGUAGCGCUCACAUUCAACAGCAGAUUUUUCUACGGAGAAGAAGAUACGUACAUUUUCAGAAGAAAUAUCAUAGUCUACAAGCUUUUCUAAAAGAUGCAGAUCUUUGUCAAAACCCUCACUGGUAAGACCAUCACCCUUGAGGUUGAGCCAAGCGACACCAUUGAGAACGUCAAGGCAAAGAUCCAGGAUAAAGAAGGCAUUCCCCCUGACCAGCAGAGGCUGAUCUUUGCUGGCAAACAGCUAGAAGAUGGUCGCACACUGUCUGACUACAACAUCCAGAAAGAGUCCACCUUGCAUCUGGUGCUGCGUCUCAGGGGAGGCAUGCAGAUCUUCGUCAAGACCUUGACAGGCAAGACCAUCACCCUUGAGGUUGAGCCAAGCGACACCAUUGAGAACGUCAAGGCAAAGAUCCAGGAUAAAGAAGGCAUUCCCCCUGACCAGCAGAGGCUGAUCUUUGCUGGCAAACAGCUAGAAGAUGGUCGCACACUGUCUGACUACAACAUCCAGAAAGAGUCCACCUUGCAUCUGGUGCUGCGUCUCAGGGGAGGCAUGCAGAUCUUCGUCAAGACCUUGACAGGCAAGACCAUCACCCUUGAGGUUGAGCCAAGCGACACCAUUGAGAACGUCAAGGCAAAGAUCCAGGAUAAAGAAGGCAUUCCCCCUGACCAGCAGAGGCUGAUCUUUGCUGGCAAACAGCUAGAAGAUGGUCGCACACUGUCUGACUACAACAUCCAGAAAGAGUCCACCUUGCAUCUGGUGCUGCGUCUCAGGGGAGGCAUGCAGAUCUUCGUCAAGACCUUGACAGGCAAGACCAUCACCCUUGAGGUUGAGCCAAGCGACACCAUUGAGAACGUCAAGGCAAAGAUCCAGGAUAAAGAAGGCAUUCCCCCUGACCAGCAGAGGCUGAUCUUUGCUGGCAAACAGCUAGAAGAUGGUCGCACACUGUCUGACUACAACAUCCAGAAAGAGUCCACCUUGCAUCUGGUGCUGCGUCUCAGGGGAGGCAUGCAGAUCUUCGUCAAGACCUUGACAGGCAAGACCAUCACCCUUGAGGUUGAGCCAAGCGACACCAUUGAGAACGUCAAGGCAAAGAUCCAGGAUAAAGAAGGCAUUCCCCCUGACCAGCAGAGGCUGAUCUUUGCUGGCAAACAGCUAGAAGAUGGUCGCACACUGUCUGACUACAACAUCCAGAAAGAGUCCACCUUGCAUCUGGUGCUGCGUCUCAGGGGAGGCAUGCAGAUCUUCGUCAAGACCUUGACAGGCAAGACCAUCACCCUUGAGGUUGAGCCAAGCGACACCAUUGAGAACGUCAAGGCAAAGAUCCAGGAUAAAGAAGGCAUUCCCCCUGACCAGCAGAGGCUGAUCUUUGCUGGCAAACAGCUAGAAGAUGGUCGCACACUGUCUGACUACAACAUCCAGAAAGAGUCCACCUUGCAUCUGGUGCUGCGUCUCAGGGGAGGCAUGCAGAUCUUCGUCAAGACCCUCACUGGCAAGACCAUCACCCUUGAGGUUGAGCCAAGCGACACCAUUGAGAACGUCAAGGCAAAGAUCCAGGAUAAAGAAGGCAUUCCCCCUGACCAGCAGAGGCUGAUCUUUGCUGGCAAACAGCUAGAAGAUGGUCGCACACUGUCUGACUACAACAUCCAGAAAGAGUCCACCUUGCAUCUGGUGCUGCGUCUCAGGGGAGGUUCAGAUAUUUAAACUGACAAUCUCAAAAAUGGACAUUUAAUUCCUUCAGUAUCCCCUGUUCAUGCACUCACCACUUUUGUCCCCUCUUCUCUCCAUACUUUAUUACUGAAUCCAGUUACAUUUUAUUACAAUUUUUUUUUUUUUCCACCUGUUUUUUUUAUGUUCAAAAUGUCAAAAUAAAAGCAUUGAAAUGUA